CGCACAUUUGAUUAUUGUCAACAAUAAUGCCAAUGUUAUGAUAACUGUGUGGAGUGCUCCACAAAAUGUUCAAUCCUUUUCGUUGAAAGGAAUUAAUGUCGAAGUUAACUGACAACUUGUGCGUUUCUAACAAACAUCGCAUAGGAAACAUCUUGUUCAUCUUGAGUCAUCUUGCUGAGUGGAGAAAACAUAAUGAGCCUAUGGCCUAAUCAGCCUAUGCAAGACUUAGUCACCAAGGCGACAAAACUGGUGGCAACAUGGCAUCGAUUUGAGCACUCGGAAAAGGCGUAUUGCUGACUAAACACGGAACAGCGUAGACACCAGAGGCCGGUUGUAUAACAAUCCAGACUAUAGAUUUUGUGUAGCUACACCAAAAUACACGAUUUUUAUUGGUCAAAUACGUGCCCUAACUAUAGCUAAAGGGAACUACUUCUCUACAAUCGAUCCCAAUUUAUAGAAACGUGUGAGAUAUUGCUCUGUAAUUUUGCACGCUAAUAUUAGGGCUCACUUUAACUAAACUAACAAAGAAAAUGGCCAAUAAAAAUACAAAGCACUAACCGCCCGAGACCGCAACCCUUUGAGUGUCUUGUUGACAACCCAACCCACAUCCUGACCGAGCCAAAACAAGUUCGACUCUGCAGUGAAAGCGAUUUCAAUUUGAAGCUGAUACAAGCCUUAAAAAAAUGGACAGCGAGUCCUACGCUUUAGUCGUUACAGAAGAAACUGUUAUUCUUUUCAUGUUUUCCAGGUGUCACUUUUCAAUGCUGCAAUAAUUAUUUGUUUUCAAACCGCAAGUCAUUAGACAUCAUUAAAAAUCAUUAGCAAUCCCCUGAACAAUACUAAACAAUGCUGGCACACGAAUGUAGCCCACCGCAGGGAACAGCCGCACGACAGCUUGCAAAAUAGACGCUAUAGCCAGUGAAAUUUCAUGCAGCAAUUUGCCUGAUUUUUGCGCAUUUCCCCCGUCAUUUCGAUUGCGCGCAUUCUGUCGAAUGUGGACAGAAAUUCAGAGGCAUCAUCAAUAAACAACCACAACUACGGAUAUACGAAAAUCACCUAAUAUUUUGCGGUUUCGCAAUUGAACAAUCGCAUUAUAAUGAUUAAAUAUGACAUCAUUUCCGUUCAUUGAACUCGGAACUCUUGCAACAACUUGUCGUACCAUUGUCGAGUCAUAUGUCGUGAAGACUUUACUGUGUUUGGACUUGAAUUUGUAAAAACCGAUAGUUUAUCUUGUAAGCUUCACAUUGCAUGGAAGAAAUGGGACGAGCGGUCAAAACGAGCCAAACCAUCGAUGUCGACAAAGUCAACUUGCUUAGCGAACGAGAAUCGAGAAUGCACAAGCCAUUUAAAUCGCGGAAGACCUUCGGCGAAAGACAAAGCGAAGCUCAAGGGAUUCGUGUGAAAUUUCCAGCGAAAAUACCAGUUAUUGUGGAGAGGUAUCAAAAAGAGAAAAAUCUACCACAACUCGAUAAAACGAAAUUCCUGGUCCCAGAGGAAUUGACAAUCAGUCAAUUUGUAACAAUUAUCAGAAAUCGAAUGAAACUAAAAUCAAGUCAAGCAUUUUACCUCAUCGUAAACAACAAAAGUUUUGCAAGUUUAUCAACAGCGAUGUUAGAUCUUUAUCGUGAAGAGAAGGACGAGGAUGGCUUCCUCUACAUGGUCUAUGCUUCACAAGAAAUGUUUGGCUGAAAUUUGAUCAACACAUAUACUGAUUAUUUAUUAAGUGGGCCAUCAUUAUUCGGGUUAAUAUCGACACGGGUGUCGCCAUCUUGGAUUUAGUCGUAAUUACACCAUCACCACAAAAAUACGGAUAUGUUUUCAUAAAUACCGUGAUAGAAAUAUAGAGAUACUCGACUAAACUAUAGUGGGUUUAAAUUAUAUGCUACGGAAAGAUACGGUUUCCAUAACCGAGGUCAAUUUUAUAAAAACAAAUGUUUUCAACCUUUUAGUUAGAUUACCGUUUUACCAGUUUACUGUGAUUUUCCACUGUAACGUAUGUUGCAAGUGGAUAACACUAAGUGAAGUGCAUUUUCGAAAAUUCAACAAUGCCUUUCUAUAAAUUUGAAUAGUUGUUCAUGAUCCUCUUCAAAAUUAUUUGUUUUUAUAAAUGGCCUUAAAUAUAGUUUUAAAGAUUGAGCUUUUCUACAAUGUUGGGCACCAAGUAUUGUUAUGCUAAGAGCUUAGAAUGAGCCGUAAACAUUGUUAGAUUGUUUACAUGACAGUAAUGAUAGUAAAUUAUUAUAUCUAUUAAGUUAAAGAAUAGAAAGUAAAAAUGUAGCACAAACAUUCAUAAAAAAGUAUACACACAUCGUUGUAUGUUGUUGGAAAACACUUUUCAAACGAGUUGAUAUGCAGUUUUUCAUGUCUGUUCA